UUUUAGCUUAGUAUCCCUGCUCUCUCACAUACACACUCUCUCUCACUCUCUCACUUUCUCUCUCUUUAAACGACGUCAACAAACACAGCGCCGGGUGAUGGUGGUGAUGGUGGUGGUAUCAGCCUCACCACACUAAUAAAAACUUGCUAUACACCAAUUUUAAAGACGUGUCAGGCUGUGUAUCAUGCUUGGUGUGCUGCGGCGUGGUGGGUGUGGGUUGUUGAGGAGUGUAUCGUGUCGUGUCAAUGUGUUUCCUGCCUCACAGCAUCACUGUGCAGCAGGGGAGAAGAAGUACAUCCCGCGGCGAGCAGUUCUGUACGUUCCCGGCAAUGACUCACGCAAACAGCAGAAGAUUCCCAGCCUUGGGGCCGACUGUAUUGUGCUGGACUGUGAGGAUGGCGUGGCUCUCUCCAUGAAGGAAGCAGCAAGGGCCAGAAUCCACCACACUCUGCACACUCAAGCCAUCAAUUUCAGUGGGAAGGAUUGCUCAGUGCGUUUCAACAGUGUGCAGAGCGGCCUGUGUGACGAGGACAUGAGGGAGAUCCUGUCAGCGCAACACCUCCCUGCCACUGUACACCUGCCCAAAGUUGACUCACCUGAACACCUUACCUGGUUCGCAGACAAGCUGAAGACGGCCCUAAGCACACACACAUUAGAGGAGAAGCUUCGUUUAGUCAUCUUUACUGAGUCAGCCGAGUCGCUUCUUUGCCUCCCUGACAUCUGCCGGCGAGGUGUUGAACUCUCCCAUGACUCCCCUUUCCUUCUUGACGCCAUUGUGUUUGGCUCGGAUGACUUCUGUGCUGAUAUUGGUGCUACAAGGACCAAUGAGGCCAGAGAGCUGCUGUUUGCCCGGCAGUAUGUGGUGACGGUAGCAAAGGCAUUCAAACUGCAGGCAAUUGAUCUGGUGUACAUUGACUACAAAGAUCUUGAAGGCUUGAGGCAGCAGAGUGAGGAGGGAGCUGGUAUGGGAUUCACUGGGAAGCAGGUAAUCCACCCAAGCCAGGUCCCAGUGGUGCAGGCGGCCUUCUCUCCUCCGCCAGGGAAGGUGGAGUGGGCAGCAGCACUGGUGGAAGCCUUUGAGCAACACCAAAAGGAAGGCAAGGGCGCCUUCACCUUCAGAGGAAACAUGAUAGAUAUGCCAUUGCUCCUUCAGGCUCGUAAUAUCCUGCAGCUCGCCGCCAUCACUAAUUAAACUGUGUGGACUCUGGUGGAGAGGUAAAGAGGUGGUGGCCAGGUGUGUCAGUGGUCAGUGUGGCCCUUCAAGUGGUGGUGUAUGUUGGUCAUGGCUUGCUUCAAUAUCUCCUGUGUUAAGCCUUUCGUUGCUGCUCCCUCUGGCCGGCCACUGCUGCGAUCUGGAGAAACAAGCAUAGGUGUCUUGUGUCGAUUUACCAAGCGGGAACAAUGUAAGUUAAUAUGUCAGUUGCUCAUAAUACUGUUUCAUUUGUGGUACUCUGAAACACCUGUCUUAUAUUUUUCAAAGGCUGUAGAAGUGAUUAAUUGGGUUGGUUAUGUAGAAAUCUUUGUUAAUCUGUCAGUUGAUCAUAGUACUUUAUCAUUUGAGGGAUUCUGAAACACUUGACAUUAAUUUUCAAAGGCUACAGAAAUGAUUACCUGGGUUUUUAAGAGUUUCAUCUGUUAAUAAUGUAGAAAUCUUGUUAAUCUGUCAGUUGAUCAUAAUAUUGUACCAUUCAAGGUAUUCUAAAACACUUGCCAUUAAUUUUCAAAGGCUACAGAAAUGAUUAGCUGAGUUUUCAAGAAUCUCAUCUGUUGAUAAUGUAGAAAUCUUGUUAAUCUACUUGUGGUAUCCUGAAACACUUGCCAUUAAUUUCCAAAGGUUACAGAAAUUAUUAGCUGGGUUUUCAAGUCUCAUCUGUUAGUAAUAUAGAAAUCUUUAUACUCUGUCACUAGAAUCAUAAAAAAAAAACUUUGAUAUUGA